UUGCGGUAUUGCAUGGUGCUUUGCCUACGCAUUGGUCUCAGGAAGAACGAACGACUCGAACCCGAAGACUUGAGACGUGAACUAAUCAUUUCUGUUUCUAACCUAUGGGGAUGUUGCUGCGCAUGCGCGGUCAAAAAUGAACGACUCACUCCACUCUCUGAGACAACUCGUUGUUCCCGAGUCAUAUUAAAGAUUCGUUCAAAAUGAACGAAUCGUUCAUGAACGGCACAUCACUAGUUCACUACUUUUUUUUUUUUUAACUAAAACCGCCACAACGAGUGAACUUUAGCAAAAUGUAUCAAUAUCAAACAAACAACUUUCGUGUGGUGGUAUUCAUUUCACUUUAUUACAGUCACUGAAAUGUUUCCAAUUUUGUCACCAUGGUAACGGAGUCAGACAAUCACGUGGUCAGAGCCAGACGUCCAUACUCUGCACCUGUCAAAUUACGGUUUUAUUAGUAAUCGUGUAAUUACCCAGAUGACUGUGUAGAUGCUGUAGCUUAUAUUUAGGCAGUAGGUAUUAUUCCCCUGCUAGCUGCUCCAGCUGAAGACUUCAGUAAACAUGGCUUCACUUCCAAAAAGAUACGACACCAGCACAUGACCUUAAUCUGUUUCCUGUCAUGGCCUCUGAUGGUUCACCAUCCCAAGAUUCUCAGAAGAAGAAAAAGAAAACGAGUAGAAAGGGAAAGGGUGAAGGCGUAAAGGACACAGAGAUCCAGGUAGAGAGUCUUACAGCAUGUGGACACGGCGCUCUACAACAGGGAGACAGCUCAAAGGCUCUUGAAUACUUCAAAAAGGCUUUCAAAACUGCCGUGAACCUCAAAGAGACUAAAGUACAGCGGGCUUGUGCUUUUAACCUUGGAGCAGCAUAUGUGGAGGCAGGUAAGCCCCAGAAAGGGCUUGAUUUUCUGUCACAAGCUGAGCCAAGUGAGAAAGGUGAGCGCGUGGCGGAUCUGCAGUUUAAUCUAGCAGCAGCACAUGAGGCUCUGGAUGACCAUGUGCAAGCUGUCAGACACUACCAACAAGCUACACACCUUUAUUGCUCACAAGGUGAUGGGAGUAGUGAAGGGGACACCUGCAUCAGACUGGCCCACUGUCACCUGCGCAGGAAGGAGUGGAGUGGCGCAGCAGAGAAUUACCUGCGUGCAGCAGAAAGCUAUAAGGUGUCAGGGAAGCUGGCCUCUUCUGCUGUGGCCCUGAAGGAUGCUGGGAAUCACAUGUUGAAAUGUGACUGCUUCACAACAGAUGAUGUCAUUAGUGUUCUCACGGAGUGUUUGGAGCUGAGUGCCAAAAUCACAGAACCAGAGACAUUAGGUAAGCUGUAUAAUGCAGUGGGGUUGAGUUUCUCUCAGCUGAAGCUUUUUCCUGAGGCUGCUGAGUGCUAUGAGCUGGCUCUGCCUCUGGUGCGCUCCACUCCACGUAGGCUAGCCGUGGUCAUGCAGAAUCUGGGUGCGGUCCACAACUCCCUGGCGCAAUACCGGAAAGCUCUGGAAUACCACAGAGAAGCAGCUGCACUGCAUGGGUCGUUGGGUAGCCGUCGGGCUCAGGGCUGCUGUUUCUGUAACCUGGCUUACGCUCUCAGUGAACUAGGGGAACUGGAUGAGGCAGGAGAGAGCUACCUACAUGCUCAACAGGCUUUCAAAGACAGCGAUGAUUCGUCAGGGCAGUGGCAAGCGUGUGAAGGUCUGGGUGGAAUCAAAAUGAGACUGAGGGACCCAGACAAAGCCAUUCUCUGUUAUAAGCAGGCACUAGCACUGCUCUCCAAGUGCAAGGAUGUCUCUAGCUCUGUGCAGGAAAGCCUUGUCAAUAAGCUAAGUGAGGCUUUACAGAUGAAACUGGCCAUCCAGCAGAGAGGUCCCCUUGUAAGGCAAGCUAUCAAGGAGAGAAACAUGAACAGGCAACACCUGCGAAUAACUCAGAUGAGGAACACUGAGGAAUUGAUGGCCGAGCACAGCAGAAAAGAACCAUUGAGUAGUCACAGGAUAGAGGAUAAAGAAUGGAGACCUACAGAAACAUGUGAACAGAGGAAACCUCACGGUGAUAUGUUAAUAUCAUCAAGAGCAACACAAACAGAGUGUCCUGAUCACAUGAACACGCUACCAGAAGCCAAUAGGAAUCUGAAUAACACAUAUGAGAAACCUCGUCUUGAGUAUAAGAAUCCCACAGACUCCCAUUUACACUCACAGCAGGAUGAAGCCAUGUGUGAAACCUCCAUACAGAACCCACUGGAAUCAACCAGUGCACCCCCAUUGGAGGAGCGCACUGAGGCCUUACCUUCAGCGCAUCUUCACAGUGAGGAGUCGACAUCCAUACACAGGACCUUAAAGUCCAGAUUCUGCACAGUCAUGUGACCACGGCCAGGUCAUAUCUGUCUUUCCUCUCCCGGGGAUUUUAUCAGAACAGCUUCAGGUUCAUUUUCAAAUCGAAACUGAACUAUAUUCUUUCUGGGUGACCUGGAGCAAAAAAAAGACCAAGGACACAUUAUAUCCUGUUAUAAAUAUUGAUUAAAUCUACUGAUGCCAUAUGAAAAUCUAAUUUUUAAACAAUGUUCAUAAUCUCAAAUUAUCUACUGAUUGUCCUGCUUUUAUAGUCUAUGCAUCCAUUUUCUUCCUCACUUAUCUGCCACAAAUGAGCAUCUGUGUGAUGAAAGUUUGCCCUAAUUGGGACUUGAAAUACUAUCACUGGAUUAUUGAAUACAGCACUGCCUCCAAGGCUGAUAUUGAUAUUGUGUGAAAUUGUUCUUAUCUUAGUUUGCUGAAGACAGAGAGUUUAUGUGCCAGCUUUCGAGGACUGUGACAAUAUGGCACUAUGCUGGUAUACUAAGAUACUGAGGGAAUCUAAAAUAUUUAUACUGUUAACAUUAUAUUAUAUCAGUAUAGGUGUGAUAAAUAGGGUAACCUACAUUUUAAAGAACAAACAUACACUCACCGAGCACUUUAUUAGGAACACUAUACUAAUACUUGGUUGGGCCUCUCUUUGCCUCAAAACAGCCUCAAUUCAUUAUGGCAUGGAUUCCACAAGAUGUUGGAAACAUUUCUUUGAGAUUCUGGUCCAUGUUGACAUGAUUACAUCACACAAUUCCUGCAGAUUUUUCAGGUGCACUUUCAUGCUGUGAAUCUCCCGUUCUAAAAACAUCCCAAAGGAGUUUUAUUGGAUUCAGAUCCAGUAACUGGGAAGGCCACUGAAGAACAUUGAACUCCAAUUCUGUCCAGCAGAAAUUGAGCAGAAAUCAUUAUCCAGCAGAACUUGAGAUCCAUCAGCUCAGGCUACGUUUUUCCAGUCUUCAGCUGUCAGUUUUGGUGAACCUGUGCCCACUGAAGCCUCAGCUUUCUGUUCUCGGCUGACAGAAGUGGAACCUGAUGUGUUCUUCUGCUGUUGUAGCUCAUCCGCCUCAAGUUUUGAUGUAUUGUACAUUCUGAGAUGCUUUUCUGCUUACCACAAUUGUACAGCGUGGUUAUCUGAGAUACUGUAGCCUUUCUGGAGCCGAAACCAGUCUAGCCAUUCUCCAUUAACCUCUCUCAUCAACAAAGCGUUUCCGUGUGCAGAACUGCUGCUCACUGGAUUUUUUUUCUUUAUUGCACCAUUCUGAGUAAACUCUAGAGACUUGUGCUUGAAAAUCCCAGGAGAUCAGCAGUUAUAAAAAUACUAAAACAAGCCUGCCUGGCACCAACAAUCACGCCAUGGUUAAAAUCAUUUUCCCCAUUCUGAUGGCUGAUGUGAACUUUACCCAAAGCUGCUGUCCCGUGUAUACAUGAUUUUAUGCAUUGCACUGCUGCUCGUUUAGAUAAUUGCAUAAAUAGUAGGCAUACAGGUGUUCCUAAUAAUGUGUUCAGUGAGUGUACAUAUCAGAUGUAAAUCAGAGAAAACAUUUAUACACUGUAACACUCUAGACUAAGCUACAUUUAGAGAGUAAGUGUUGACUCCAUUCAAUGAUUACAACUUUCAGGCAAAAAAAGUGUUUAUAUUUUCCCUAAUUGAUAUUGUUGCUUUCAAUGUUUGAAGCAAAGAUUAAAACCUAAACCUGAUUUAAGUUAACCAAAGGC